AUGCCUACUGGAGCUCCCGGCUUUAUGCCUAGAAGAUCUUCAUAUGCAUCUGUUGUCUCUGGCAUAGCUGCAGGUAGUUCUCAACAAUUUGGUCAACCUCCAAGAUCUGGCGCUUUCGCAAAUCUCCUAAAUUCGAAUACACACAUGUUAAAUCAACAACAUGAUUCCAUUUACUACGAUCCAAAUUAUAAUUAUGCCACUGGACGAUAUGGAUAUGGGGGCUUUCUUGGUUUUGAUGAGGAAAAUGGCAAUGGCGGGGUCAAUCAUGGACGAUCAGCAUCAUGGGGCAGAGGAGGACAGCUUCCAAGCUUCUCAAGUGCUUUUGGUUCACUAGUAAAUGGCCAUGGGCACAAUGGAAUCGCUGGGCAUGCGGACCAUUUCUUUGUGCCGUCGUAUCUGAAGAGGUCGAAAUAUGUACAAAAGCUAGAGGAAGCGCACAGGGCAAAGGUCCUGGCGCAUAGAGAUGGGUCGUCGGCUCCACCAUCACAACCGAAUUCCCUUUCAACUAGUGCUAGCAGUGGCAAUGUACAUGCAAAGAUGGUACCUUCGCAUCGAGGUAGACCUUAUGAUCUUAUCGAAAAAUCCCCCCUCGUCGAAGACGAAACCUUAUCGCCGUUACCAAGUAAAUGGAGUACAAGUGAUAAAUUUGGAGCGCUAGAUGUGUUGAGUGAUGGGUUGGAAGUCAAAUUGACAGGUCCGAAAUCAAUGAAUGAUCGAGAUAAUGAAGCGUCGGCCAUUAGAACCGAUCACCCUAUGCCCCCUCAAUGUGGAAUUUAUUACUUUGAGGUGACAAUUUUGUCGCGGAAGCGAGAGGAUAGCUCUAUUGGUAUUGGAUUUUCUACUAAGCAAGUAUCCAUAUCAAGAUUACCGGGAUGGGAACCUGAUUCUUGGGCAUAUCACGGUGAUGAUGGUCAUGGAUAUGCUGGUCAAAAUACUGGGAAACCUUAUGGACCAUCAUUUACUACAGAUGAUACGAUAGGAUGUGGUGUAAACUUCUCAACUGGUUCAGCCUUUUUUACAAAGAAUGGAGAUCAUCUAGAAAGAGGAAAGGCAAAUCAAAAAGGAAAUAGCAUCAACCAGGUACUUGAACACAAUCUUGUGACUUAUUCAUAUGCUAAGACCUCACUUAGUACUUCAAAGCUUCACCCACCUUUAAGUGAAACGGAAUUAAUUCAAGCUUUGGUUUUACAAUUUCUAACACAUGAUGGCUAUGUCGAAACGGCAAGAGCAUUUGCGGAUGAAGUUCAUUCUGAGAAGAAAGCUUUGAAUAUGGAUCCAAACGUUACAAUACCAGGAUUUGAUAUCAAGGACGAUGAAGAUGCUGCUCAUAGGCAACCAAUAUUAGAAGGAGACAUUGACCAGGCUCUUAAACAUACUAACGCAUACUAUCCUCAAGUUCUCAAAGAUAACGAACACGUUUAUUUUCGAUUAAGAUGUCGAAAAUUCAUCGAAAUGGUUAGACAAAUGGCAGAAAUGCACAACACCAAUUCCACCAAUGGAUCGCAGAAGAAUACGGCGCAUAACGGAGAUUGGUAUGAUGAUAUUAUAAAUCAUGAUAUGGAAUUGGAUGAUCAUCAAGCUCAAGCCAACAAUUGGGAUAGGAUGGAAACUGAUGGAGUAAAUUUUGAAACGGAAUAUCAAAAUUUACUUUCGGAGACUUUAUCAUAUGGACAAGUUCUUCAAGCAGAAUUUAAGGAUGAUCCAAGAAGAGAGGUUAGCAAAGCUUUGGAAGAUGCUUUCUCAUUGAUUGCAUAUAAAGAUCCUAUUAACGAGAAAACUGUCUCACAUCUUUUGGAUCCAAGUGGAAGGGUUGCUGUGGCUGAGGAAUUGAACUCUGCUAUUCUUCUCUCCCUUGGCAAAUCAUCCUCAGCGGCUCUCGAAAAAGUUUACCAACAAACCACAAUACUUUUAGAAGAUUUAAGGGAAUCGGGUGGUCCAGGAGCUUUUGUUAAUAUUGAUGAUUACACGAGACCAAAGAUGGCAUGA